UUGUGAAUUUAACCGUCAUAGAUCUCCCUGGAUUGACAAAGGUUGCUGUAGAGGGACAGUCGGAGAGUAUAGUUGAAGAUAUUGAAAUGAUGGUCCGGUCUUAUGUUGAGAAGCCCAAUUCCAUCAUAUUGGCAAUUUCUCCUGCCAAUCAAGAUAUUGCUACUUCUGACGCAAUAAAGCUUGCCAAAGAAGUUGAUCCUACAGGUGAGAGAACAUUUGGAGUGCUAACAAAACUUGAUCUGAUGGACAAGGGAACCAAUGCCCUAGAUGUAUGGGUUCUUUCUAUCAUGUUUAAGGUACUCGAGGGAAGAGCAUACAGACUCCAACAUCCCUGGGUUGGAAUUGUGAAUCGUUCACAAGCUGAUAUAAACAAGAAUGUUGACAUGAUAGUGGCCCGUCGAAAGGAGCAGGAAUAUUUUGAUUCCAGCCCAGAAUAUGGACAUUUGACGCAUAAAAUGGGCUCAGAGUAUCUUGCAAAACUUCUAUCAAAGCACUUGGAGACUGUUAUCAGGCAGCGCAUCCCAAGCAUUAUUGCUUUAAUAAAUAAGACGAUUGAUGAGCUUAACGCAGAAUUGGACCGUAUUGGCAGGCCUAUAUCCUUGGAUGGAGGGGCCCAGCUGUACACAAUUUUGGAAAUGUGUCGUGCGUUUGACCGUAUAUUUAAGGAGCACUUGGAUGGAGGGCGACCAGGUGGAGAUCGGAUUUAUGGUGUCUUUGAUAAUCAACUACCAGCUGCUUUGAAAAAGCUCCCAUUGGAUCGUCAUCUUUCUUCCAAUAAUGUCAGAAAAGUGGUUUCAGAGGCAGAUGGUUAUCAGCCACAUUUGGUAGCGCCUGAACAAGGAUACAGAAGACUAAUUGAUGGGUCUCUAGGCUUUUUCAAGGGCCCAGCCGAAGCUUCUGUUGAUGCUGUACACUUCGUUCUAAAAGAACUUGUGAGGAAAUCCAUAGCAGAAACGCAGGAAUUGAAGCGAUUCCCAUCACUUCAAUCUGAUAUAGCAGCAGCUGCAAAUGACUCACUGGAAAGAUUUCGUGACGACAGCCGGAAAACAGUUUUACGGCUGGUGGAGAUGGAGUCUUCUUACCUGACUGUAGAAUUUUUCAGGAAGCUUCAACUUGAGCCAGAGAAGAAUUCUAACCCAUCUGGUCCAAAUGCGGAUCGAUAUUCAGAUAACCAUCUGAGGAGGAUAGGAUCAAAUGUCUCUGCUUAUGUUGGUAUGGUUUGCGACACUCUGAGGAGUUCAAUUCCCAAGGCUGUUGUUUAUUGUCAAGUUCUUCAGGCCAAGAAAGCAUUGCUCAACCAGUUCUAUGCUCAAGUUGGCAGAAGGGAGACAAGAUUCAACAUUUUCUCACUCAUAGAUAUCUAA